AUGUCAGAUUGGGAUUUUUUAAAUGGAACUACAUCAAAUUCCUCAUCACCAACAACAACAAUGGGUCAAUUUAAUAAGAGUAGAAAUAAUAGUAGAGAAUCAGGAUUAUCACAAUUAAUGGGAACUGAUGAAUAUGAUGACUCUGGUAAAACUAUGUCAACAUUUAGUAAAACUACAACUCCACCACAAAUUAAAAAUAGUGCUGAGAAAUCAAAAUAUUUAGUACAUCAAUUAACUCCGAAAGAUACCCUUCAAGGUUUAGCAUUAAAAUAUAAUGUAAAAGUAAAUGAUAUAAAAAGAUUAAAUAAUAUGUGGACUCAAGAUUCUUUAUUUAUAAAAAAGACAAUUUUAAUUCCAAUUGAAGUAUCAGAUUUAGUUACAAGCGAAAAUAAUAGUAACUCUAGUGGUAGUGGUAAUAAUAGUUUAAAUAGUAGCAGCAAUAAUAUAAAGAAUUUAUUGGAUGGAAGUUAUGGUGUAAAUAAUACGAAUAGUUUCAUCAGUAAUAAUAAUAAUAAUAAUAAUCGCAGCAAUAAUAAUAAUAAUAAUAGUGGCACAAGUUUUGAUAAUGUUUUCCCAGAAUUUGAGAAAAUGAAUAAAACAUUUGGAACACCAAAGGAAAAACCAAUUUUACCACCAUCAACAUUUAAUAAUGGUAGUAAUGGUUUUUAUAGUAAUAGUAAUAAUAAUAAUAAUAAUAAUAAUAGUUUUAACAAUAAUAAUAAUAAUAAUAAUAAUGAUAAUAAUUAUAACAAUAGUAUAAAUGGAUUAAAUAGACCGCAAUCUACUUUAAGUUUUUCGCCAGUAGUAAAUUCAUUGGAUCAUAAAACUCAAACUCAUUUCUCAUUAUUGGAUGAUGAAUGGAAUCCACUUUAA